AUGACAACUGUGAGGGACCUAAUUGGUACAGCAGUAAUGAAAGGUUGGGAUAUGUACCAACUUGAUGUGAAUAAUGUAUUUUUCCAUGGAUAUUUACAUGAGAAGGUAUAUAUGCAAGUUCCACAAGGCCUCAUAGUUAACAGAUCUAACCUUGUGUGCAAACUAAACAAGUCCCUAUAUGGUAAAGCAGGCAAACAGGCAGUGGGAAAUUCAAUGGUCUUUGUAGCAGUCUAUGUAGACUAUGUUAUAUUAACUGGAACAGACACAGAGGAAAUCCUUUCCCUAAAGAGAUUUUUGGACAACACAUUCAGAAUAAAGGAUCUAGGGAAACUUCACUAUUUUCUGGUAAUGAAAGUGCUCUGCACUACUGAUGGUGUGUUGCUUACUCAAAGGAAGUUUGCUCAAGAUUUGCUAAAAGAGCAUCAUUAUCUGAGUUGCUCUCCAAUGUCUUCACCUCUUGACUCCUCAAUCAAACUUAGAGCAGAUGAUGGGGUAAUGCUAGAUGACCCAUCUCACUACAGGAAGUUGAUAGGGAAAUUGAAUUUUCUCACUAACACUAGACUCGACAUUGCCUAUAGUGUGCAACAUUUAAUCCAAUACAUGCAGAGCCCAAGGGAUACACGCUUGAAAGCUUCCACUCAUGUUCUCAAAUAUCUAAAAGGAAAUCCCAGCUUAGGACUGUUCUUUCCCAGCACCAAAGACUACACAGUUAAAGCAUUUUGCGACUCAGAUUGGGCAGCUUGCCCUGAGUUUAGAAGAUCAGUAAGUGAUUUUGUUAUAAUGCUUGGGAGCACCCCUAUCAAUUGA